AUGGCUGUAGCAUCGUCAACGGUCCCUUCCAAGGAGCAAAUCUUUGCUCCCGAGUCUCUUUUGAAGAAGAAGAAGACACAGGAGCAAUCUCGUGAACAACGUGUUGCUGCUGCUGCUGAAAAGAAAGGUCUUCGCCAAAAGAAGCGUGAACUCAUCGCCAAGCGUGCUGAAGCUUAUGAUGCCGAAUACCGUAAGGCUGAGCGUGAGCAAAUUGAACUUGGUCGUAAGGCUCGUGCCGAGGGCAACUUCUAUGUCCCUGAAGAACCCAAGUUGAUCUUCGUUAUCCGUCUUCGUGGUGUCAACAACAUCCCCCCUAAGGCUCGUAAGAUCAUGCAACUCUUGCGUUUAAUCCAAAUCAACAACGGUGUUUUCGUUAAGUUCAACAAGGCCACCAAGGAAAUGCUUCAAGUCGUCGAGCCUUAUGUUACCUAUGGUAGUCCCAACUUGAAGACUGUUCGUGAUUUGAUGUACAAGCGCGGUUUCGGAAAGAUCAACAAGCAACGUAUUGCUCUUACUGGUAACUCCCUCAUUGAAGAGAACUUGGGCAAGUACUCUAUCAUGUCUAUUGAGGAUUUGAUUCACGAAAUUUACACUGUUGGCCCUAACUUCAAGCAAGCUUCCAACUUCGUCUGGCCCUUCCAGCUCUCUUCUCCUUUGGGUGGUUUCAGAGCUCGCAAGUUCACCCACUUCAUCGAGGGAGGUGAUACUGGUAAGCGUGAUGAGCACAUUAACACUCUUGUUAGAAAGAUGCUUUAA